AUGCAGAACAGCGAGUUUGACUACUUGUUCAAGCUAUUGUUGAUUGGCGACUCCGGGGUGGGGAAGUCGGCGUUGUUGCUCAGAUUCUCCGACGACACCUACACCCCCGACUACAUCUCGACCAUCGGCGUCGAUUUCAAGAUCAGAACGAUCGAGUUGGACGGCAAGACGAUCAAGUUGCAGAUCUGGGACACCGCCGGCCAGGAGCGCUUCCGCACCAUCACGUCGUCGUACUACCGUGGCGCCCACGGCAUCAUCAUUGUCUACGACGUCACCGACCAGGAAUCGUUCAACAACGUCAAGCAGUGGUUGCAGGAGAUCGACCGCUACGCUACCGGUGGGGUGAUGAAGUUGUUGGUCGGCAACAAGGCCGACUUGACUGACAAAAAGAUCGUCGAGUACACCGCCGCCAAGGAGUUCGCCGACGCGUUGGACAUCCCCUUUUUGGAAACGCUGGCGUUGUCGUCGACCAACGUCGAGCAGGCGUUCUUCACCAUGGCUCGCCAGAUCAAGGCGCAGAUGUCGAAGAACUCGCAGCUGGGCACCGCCGCCAAGCCCCUGGUCAACUUGAACCUGAAGCCGGUGGCUAAGCAACAGGCCAACGGGUGCUGUUAA